UCGUGGCAUCGUUGAUUGAGCCUUCAUGGGAGGGCGCCACGUAGGCAACGGCUACUACGUAUAUGGUGAAAGAGAAAAAAAAUAAAGUUGUUUUUUUUUACGUUGAGAGGUCGCUUCUUUAUCGGACCUGGUGCCCUAUACGUACCCAGUGACGGAUGUGUUAGCAUUGUAUGCAACAACACGCUUGGCUGUGCUUUUUUAAGACGUUGCCAGUGGUUUUAAAGGCAGGAGAAAAGUCAGGAAAACAAGCGAGCAUGAGUGAGACACGAAGAGAGGAAGAUGUUCCUUCAUACUUGCAAGAUGAGCCAAGUGAAGAUUCUACUAAGGAUCAUCCUGUGCAGCAGCCAGGGAUGUUGUCACGUGUUACUGGUGGACUGUUUAGCGUGACAAAAGGAGCUGUUGGUGCUACAAUAGGAGGGGUUGCAUGGAUUGGUGGAAAAAGUCUGGAGGUGACGAAGACAGCUGUGACAUCGGUGGCAUCUGUGCCAGUGUUAGGAGUUGGCUUGGUCAAAGGGGGCGUGUCUGCAGUUGCUGGUGGGGUAUCAGCAGUGGGAUCAGCAGUAGCAAACAAAGUUCCUUUAACAGGAAAGAAAAAAGACAAAUCUGACUAAAACUGACUUAUUUGCACUAUCAUCACAGUUAAUCGAGAACCUUUUGGGACCUGUUUCUCAUAUCCACCUCCCCCACCCCCUACCACAUAUCCACAUCUAGUGUUUGAAAUGAAAGAAGAAAUGAAAAAGCAAAGCCAUAUGUUCCAUGAUGCAUUAAAGCUACAAAUUUAUUGUUAAGGUACUCAUUGAAUGUGACUUCAAUUUCACAGAGGGUAAGAGAUACGUAUGUAUUGGUGUAUUGUUUAAGAGUGUUGCUGUCUGACAGACAUGAGCAUUCAACUGCCAACUUGCAGAGGGCCAAGAGAUAACUGUGUUUUGGCAUUAUUUUUUAUGAGUGUUAAGGCUGACAGAAAUGAUCACUGUCUUGCAUAAUCUUUAUGUUUAUUAAUAAAGUACUGCCAUAAACUGAAGAUUUGCACCAGGAAUUCAGACUUUGUAUCUGUGUUUUUUUUUUUGUUUUUUUUUUAAACUUCAUUCCUUAAACCUCCCUGAUGGCAGUGAAGCUAGUUAGUUGUAAUAAGAAUUGUAUUAAAUGGUGUUUAUGUGACAAUAUUUUCUGAAACAAUGCAACGAUCAGCCUUUAUACACCUAAAAUCCUUUAGCUUUGUUUAAGUUAAAGACAAUAAACAUAGGGUUGUCAUUUAAAUUUAAGAAUUCACAGUCAAGUGAAUAUGUGUUAGCUUAAUUAAACACUGUUCACUAUCCCUGUUUUAGUAUAAUGUAAAAUGGUAGCUCUUUGAAAAAUUGGCUGUUUUGAGGGAAGAUUACUAUAUUAAAUUUCUUUGGAUUUUUUUUGUCACACUUAUCAAUUUGCUUUGUUUCUGUUGUAUCUAUAACUUAUAAACACAAAUGUAUAUUUAAUGCUGAAUUUGAACAGAUUACUGCUGUUCUUGAUGUUUGUGUCAUUCUGUGCAUUUCAGUGUGUUUUUGUAUUCAGCUGUAUUUGUUUUAAUGGCACAGUUUAUUAAAGCAUAUAUGGUAAAGCUUUAUUUACUAAUACUGAUGUUAUCAAAAUUACAUUUCUUAUCUGCUUUUAUUAUAUAGAAGUUAAAAUAUGAAAAGUUCAAACAUCUACAGUAUUUCAUCUUCUUCAUUUGAAACAACUUCAACUAUUCCUUCCUCUAGUUGCAAAUCAGAGCAAAUAUUUCCAUUAGUUGUGGGGGUUAAAAGCUUAGUACAAUUUGGCAAUUCGUUCCUUUCCUGGUAGAAUUAGCGUGUGUAUGUGUGUGUAAGAAAAUGGUUAAUUAACUUAAUUCAUGAAUAGAGAUAUGAUUCAUUAUUCCCAAUAUUUUUAAUGUAUUUCAUAUGCACAGGAUUUUAAUUUGCAUAUUUCCAUAGUUUAUAGAUAUCUGUAUAUAGAAAAAUUUUUUUCAGCCUCGAGCCCCUACAUUCAUGGUUUGAUUCAGGUGGCAUUAAUUUAAUCAAAAAAAAAAAA